UGGGGUUGAAGAAGAAUCGGUUUGAAGAUUUGCCAGUUCCAUUCAGCACAGUACUUUCGGAACUUGGAACUCGGGUGUCCGCUCAGCAAACUGGUCGCCCGAAAUCGUUAAUCGUGAAUCGGCGCAUAUUUUAUCCUGAUCCUUUUGGGCCUCGCUGCUCUGGCGGCCGCCGAUGUCAAGCACCUGACAGAUCGCAACCUGGACCUCUUCAAGUACAACCCCAGUGACGUCUACACCCUGCCCGAGGACAUCGAUGACGACAAGCCGGCGGUCCACUUCAGCGGCGACGUCAUGAAGGCCAAGACCGAGACCCUGCAGAACUACAAUUCCGGCAAGAAGUUCAAGCUGGAACUGAAGACCCAGAACGGCAUCCAAGUAAGCAGCGUGGGCAAGCUGAAGGACGACAAGACCUUCGUGGUCAGCGGUUCCUACUCGUUCACCGGCGCCGAUGGCAAGCGGUACAAGACCCGGUACACCGCCGAUGAGUUCGGCUACCAUCCCAUCACCGAGCUGGAUCUCGACAUUCCCGAGCCCCAGCCCUUGGGAACUGCCGCCCAGCGCCAGACCGUGGACCCCAGCAGCCUGCUGGGCAACAAGAACCGCUUCCAGUUCCUGCAGCAGCACCUGGACUCCGAGCAAGGACCUCUGAGGGGCAGUGGCCAGAGCGGCGACGACUACAGCUACACGUCUCCCUAUGGCCACGGCUACGACUACCAGCCCCCCCAGGUGCAACUGUCGACGCCGUCCCGUCUGUAUCUGCCCACGGCAUAAGGUGGCCGAGAUAUAGGUAUACCCCGUCCCCAGGAGAAACAAAAAGUACCCAAAAUACCCCCAAAUCCCGAUCCCCGUUUUUCCCCAGCUGCAAGUAUUUAGUUUUUUAAGUGCAACUCCAACAGGCAAAUGAAGAGUAAAAAAGGCAAAAUUCACAGAGCUAGCGAAAUUUUUUUUUAUCAUUUUUUAGUGUUAUACACGGAGCACAAUUUUAUAUGAUAUUAUACCUAUAUUAACUGAUAUAUGUUAUAUAUCUAGGCCCACACACACAAACACACACGCACACACACACAAAAAACAAACAACACACACACACACAAAAUCCCGACAAAUGACACAAACGAAUCUAUGUAUAUACACUGAGUGAUAUUAGUAGUAAAUAAAAUGGCUAAACUAA